CCAGUCACGGCCAAGCACCGACGCGGGUCGGUCGAUUUCAUAUCAAAUUAAUGAUAAAAAAUACAAUCGAAGUGAACAAAACAGUGCAAAGGAAGUAAUCAUCGUUCCACAAUUACAUAAAAAGACAAAAUGGUGCCAGAUCCGGAUAAACGACAAGUCAGCUUUCCCAAAUUAAAAUAUCCGUUGUUCCGAGAUGUUUUACCCAAAACUCCUCAGCAAUGGAUAACGGCAAAACAAAUUCAAGAUGGCGCCGAAGGACUUUGGCGGAUUCAUGAUGACAUUUACGAUUUGACAGAUUUUAUUAACUCUCAUCCUGGUGGCUCACAAUGGCUGGAAUUCACAAAGGGAACGGAUAUUACGGAAGCCUUUGAAACACACCACAUAAAUAGCGGAGUAGCUGAAGCUUUGUUGCCAAAAUACUUUAUUAAGAAAGCAAGCAACCCCCGGAAUUCACCAUUUACUUUCAAAGAAGAUGGAUUUUAUAAGACUUUGAAAAUGAAAGUCGCUAAUAAACUAAAAACCUUGCCAAAGGGCAUUCGGAAGAAAAGUGAUAAUGUAACUGAUUUGCUUUUAAUAUGUUUUUUGAUUUCGAGUCCACUUUGUUGCUUGCUUUGGACAAAGAGUUUAAUAUACGGAGCUGCUUCUACACUGAUUCUUGGCGUAUUAUUGAGUUCCCUCACCAUUUCCGCCCACAACUAUUUUCACAGAGCGGAUAGUUGGCGAAUGUAUCUGUACAACAUUAGUGGAUUUUCAUACGCUGAGUGGCGUGUAUCGCACGCGAUGUCGCACCAUCUCCAUACGAACACCGCUAAUGAUCUUGAAUUGAGUAUGUUAGAACCAUUUUUACAAUACUUACCACGGCCAGACAAACCUAUAAUUGCACAGAUGGGAGCAUUUUUUUAUCCUGUUAUAUUUUUGUUUGCGUCUUUAGGAAGUAUGGUAAAAGAGAUAGCAUGUGGAGUGCUAAGAAUUGAUGGUAAAAAAUUAUCAUGGGAAAAUGGGAUACCAUUUGUUAUACCGGUAUGGAUGUGGUGGAUCAGUGGACUAUUCCUACCCUGGACUAUUAUUGUUUGGCUAGCGACCAUCAUGACGUCCAGUCUGAUCUUUAUGGUCGUUGGACUAACUGCUGGACAUCAUGCCCAUACUAACUUCUUCGAAGGAGAUGUGCCUAGGGAGGAGUUUAUUGAUUGGGGCAUUCAUCAACUGGAUACGAUAGUUGAGAGGGUCGACUAUGCGGGCGACCACUUUAAAGUACUCACUCGCUUUGGCGAUCACGGGCUACAUCACCUAUUUCCAACACUCGACCACGCGGAACUGAAAUAUCUAUACCCAACUCUAUUGAAACAUUGCGAGAAAUUCGAAACUCAACUUCGUAUGACAACGUUCUAUAAUGCCUUAAUAAGUCACAGCAAGCAAUUAAUCAGAAAGAGACCGCUAAAUUUUAGAGAAAAAGUAAAAACGAAAAAUAUAAAUGGUGAUAUUCAUUAUAUUUAACGACUUAAUGAAGAAAUCCUCAUUAAUGUCAAAUUAUUUUUAUAUGGUUUAAUGAUUUUAUGUUUCAAACAUAAAAUUGUUACCGGUCUACACAAGGUUAGCUAUUAUUUUACAGAACAAUGUACGUAAUCACUUUUACAAGAUGUUCCUAGUGAACGUUCAAAGUAAAAAAAAAAACAUUUAAACAAUACCAACUAUAAAAUUAUAGACAUGAACAGAACAGUUCUAAACAGUGUUGUUAAACGGUAAAUCGAUACGCACUAAUUUAAUAAAUACCAUAUAUCAAUUUCGAUUGAAAUCGCUCUGCACUAUUUUUUCUAGUUUAAAGCAAACGUUUGCGUUAGCGGAAGCAAAAGAAACCACGUUAUAAAUAGUGACGCGGCUCGUCAACACAAAUAUUAGUAAGCAUUUUAAAUUCUGUGGCUGGCAUUCGUGCCUUAGAAAAGUAUUUUAACAUUUUUUGAAGUUCGCAUUCGUAUGUUUGUUGUGUAUAGAAUAUAGAUCGUCAAUUUAACUGUGUACUUCUGAUGCAAACACUGACCGAUAAAAAAUUGUUAAAAUUUUAGAACUGUCGUUUUUAUUGAACUCGUACAAAUGUUUAGUAUGGCAUAUUAAUAUUAAAAAAAUCUAUAAACUGUGGCUGUGGGUUUAGUUAUAUUAAAUUUAUUUAUUGUA